UGCCCAGCCCCGCCCUGCCCUUUCGCUAUAAAGGGAAGGCGGGCUGCGCGCUCUCUCCGAGCGAGGUUCUGCGCCUUCGAUCCGCUGCCGAUACUUGCACGGGUAGCUCGUCAGACCCCCAGCAGCCAAAAUGGUGCAGCAGAUCGAUAGCAAAGAGGCUUUUUAUCAAGCCUUGUCUGCUGCAGGAGAUAAACUUGUAGUAGUUGAUUUCUCAGCCACGUGGUGUGGGCCUUGCAAAAUGAUCAAGCCUUUCUUUCAUAACCUGUCUGAAAAAUAUUCCAACGUGUUGUUCCUUGAAGUGGAUGUGGAUGAUUGUCAGGACAUUGCUGCAGAGUAUGAAGUCAAAUGCAUGCCAACCUUCCAGUUUUUUAAAAAGGGUGAAAAGGUGGGUGAGUUUUCUGGCGCUAAUAAGGAAAAGCUUGAAGCCACCAUUACUGAAUUAGUCUAAUUGUGUUUUCUGAAGACCAUAACCAGCUAUCUGCUAUGUAAAAGUUUAAAUUUUUUUUUAUUUACGAAAAAUAUGAAGUACGGAAACUAUAUACCCAACUGCCAUCUGAUUAUAAAUGACAAUAAAACAUUAAUUCUACCCUUUUUAAAA